AUGAGUGAGAACCCUGGUGCCUCGUAUUUCGAAUAUACGAACCUGGAAAAUGAAUUCAAUUAUGACUGGGCCGUGCCUGGAUACCCGCAACCUUCUCCCUUCGAGUUCAAUCCUGAAACUAUCCCUCCCCACGAUAGCCGUGAUAUCCGUGAUUAUUCUUUAUUCAAAGGCGACCGUGCGAAUGCCAAGGUGGCUAUCCCCCGGAACGCACAACCCAGUGACAGGCAGCUGAAUGAUCUAACCACCCGGGUUGAAACCUUUGAUGCUUUGCUGCGCAGCCUUUAUCCCAAGCUCGAUGCCUCGUCGGCCCAACAGGUCGAUCAAACACUGAGGGAACUAAAUGCACGCACUCCGCUCACCCGAGUCAUUCCCCCUACCCCUAUCCCUGCUUUAUUCACCAACCCAUCAAGCCACACCAACCAAUCGGAGUUUUCUUCCCGUGCAGAUGAUAGUCCUAUAUCUAUUCUUUCGGCGGUUGUAGACUACACCGAAGAGGACUUCGACCGUGAUGAGAAAGUACAAGCGACGGGAUUUGUGGGUGAACAUUCGGAGAUGGCAUGGUUGUACAGACUCAAACGCGACCUUGAUCAUAACAGUUCGAAAGGAACCAAAGAGAUCCUCGAGCGCCCUUCGAUCUCUUCCGUGAACUACUUCCAAGAUGACUCGGGAAUUUUGUUUUUAGACGAUAUCGAUCUCGCAUGCCGGCCUCCACAACCAAUCGCUAACAGGCUCGUUGACACUUACUUUCACGUCGUUCAUCCUACUUUUCCAAUUAUUGGAAAGGCAAUAUUUCUGAAUCAGUACCGUUCAUUCUAUGCGAAUCCGAACGUGCGACCCGGGAAACGGUGGAUUAUAGUGCUAAACCUAGUGUUUGCCAUUGCGACUAGACAUUCCGUUCUCAUCGAUCAGCCUCAACCAAACUGCGACGACCAUCAAACUUAUUUUGCACGGGCGUGGAAGCUGAAUGCACAGGUGGAGGGCUUGGCUGCUUUUUACCUCCUAUCGGUUGGCCAAGUUAACAGGUCAUGGAGACUCAUUGGAAUUGCAAUUCGAUCGGCGGUGACCAUGGGUCUAAACAUUCGAACCGAGAGCGACAGCAUCACCAACUUUUUGAAAGCACUUCGCUAUCGCGUCUGGUGGGCGCUGUUUAUGUUGGAUAUUGUGUUAUGUGAGAUGACAGGCCGACCACCUAGCACGGGGGACAUAUUUUGCUCUACACCCCUCCCUGUGCCCUUCGUGGAGGAAGGCUUUUGGGAUAAGCGUAUUCUGCAAGUUAUUACCGACCAAAGGACUCGAAGUGCCUUUUUGGCCUCUUUAACUUCCGAUACCACGGCGGCUUCACCAAAAGAGAGUAUGGAUCUAGGAACACCGGAACAGCAUGGGUCAGGCAAGGGGAAGCAAAAAGAAAAGGCCAGCCAGACAGGGGCAGUGAAUUUGACACCCAACUCCUCUCUGUACUUUCUGUACGCAGUGGACCUAGCUCAUCUCUUGCGGGAGGCUAUUAAUACUCUGUAUGCUCCUAGAGCAAUGCGACGGUCAUGGCAUGAUAUCGAAAUUGCCAUUCCAACAUUAAACAACCAUGCCGACAACUGGUUGUCUCGUCUCCCGGCGCAGUUUGAUUUCACAACGCUAGACACAGAUCAUCAAUUUAUGCAGCAUCGUUCUAGCCUUGCUUUCCGAUUAUACGCCACAAAGCUGAUAAUCUUGCAUCCCUGCAUCCGCCGUCUUUUUCAACAAUCUGAAACAAGCUCUUCGGGAACGGUGUGUGAGCAGAUGGCAGCCUUGUGCGUUCAGAUGGCAGGUCAGAUGCUCGAUCUUUUGCCCGAGGAGCCAGACUCAACUUGGCUGUACAGCGUCGCUCCGUGGUGGUGCGUCCUACACAACAUCAUGCAGGCGACUACCAUCCUACUCACCGAGCUUCUCAUUCGCACUAAUAUAGGCACGGCCAAGGCUGUUGAUAUCACUAAAAAUAUCAAAAAAGCGACUCGCUGGUUGAAAGAGAUGUCGACCAAAGACCUUUCUUCCCAGCGAGCCUGGCUUGUCUGCAUAGACCUUCUUUCACGGCAUGGCUCGAGGUUUGGGUUCGGUGAUGACACCGAACUCUAG